CCUAUGAAGCUGAAUACAGAACUAUUAGACGAAGUAGACAAGAAACGAGUUUGUUGUUUGACCAGUUGCCUUUAUAACGAAUUUAACACGAUCUAUACAUUUUAUAUUGAAGUCGAAGCACUCCGAUUUUUAAGAGAAACUGGUAAUGCAAAUUGUUUGACCCGACAAGAUCCAGAAUGAGACGGCGAACACAAGCCUGCGCGAAGGUAACAGACUCGAGAGUAUCAGCCCAGCUCAGACACCUUGGCAGAAUGUACCCAAUGGAUCCAGAGAGGCGCAGUCACCAGAGGGAGUAUGAAGAACCAGAGAGGCACAGUCACCAGAGGGAGUAUGAAGAACCAGAGAGGCACAGUCACCAGAGGGAGUAUGGAGAACCAGAGCGAUGCAGUCAGCGGAAGGAGUAUGGAGAACCAGAGAGGCGCAGUCACCAGAGGGAGUAUGGAGAACCAGAGAGGCGCAGUCACCAGAGGGAGUAUGGAGAACCAGAGAGGCGCAGUCACCAGAGGGAGUAUGGAGAACCAGAGAGGCGCAGUCACCAGAGGGAGUAUGGAGAACCAGAGAGGCGCAGUCACCAGAGGGAGUGUGGAGAACCAGAGAGGCGCAGUCACCAGAGGGAGUGUGGAGAACCAGAGAGGCGCAGUCACCAGAGGGAGUAUGGAGAACCAGAGAGGCGCAGUCACCAGAGGGAGUAUGGCGAACCAGAGAGGCGCAGUCACCAGAGGGAGUAUGGCGAACCAGAGAGGCGCAGUCACCAGAGGGAGUAUGGCGAACCAGAGAGGCGCAGUCACCAGAGGGAGUAUGGCGAACCAGAGAGGCGCAGUCACCAGAGGGAGUAUUGCGAACCAGAGAGGCGCAGUCACCAGAGGGAGUAUUGCGAACCAGAGAGGCGCAGUCACCAGAGGGAGUACGGCGAACCAGAGAGGCGCAGUCACCAGAGGGAGUACGGCGAACCAGAGAGGCGCAGUUACCAGAGGGAGUACGGCGAACCAGAGAGGCGCAGUUACCAGAGGGAGUACGGCGAACCAGAGAGGCGCAGUUACCAGAGGGAGUACGGCGAACCAGAGAGGCGCAGUCACCAGAGGGAGUACGGAGAACCAGAGAGGCGCAGUCACCAGAGGGAGUACGGAGAACCAGAGAGGCGCAGUCGGCGGAAGGAGUAUGGAGAACCGAGCUCAGGACAAUGGAACGAUAGCCUUAAGAGAGACAGCGGCCAGGCUAUGGCCAGAGAGCUCUACAGUGAAUACUCCAGCAUGAGGAGGACUAGAGAAGGUUGGGGGGACUAUGGUGCUUCCUCUGAUAUGAGCUACAUAAUGGACCCAUCGUCCAGAGACUGGAGCGAAGCCUCAUUGAGGGGUAGUGCUGCUCCCUUCUCCCCAGACACAGAUGGGGACGUUGAUGGAGAUCCUGUGGAGCCCAGUGUGGAGGACCUGGAGCUCAUAGAGGAGAAGAGAGCUGUUCUUGCUUUGCAAAAGGUUAAACGCGGAGCUAAGGACAUGCCUAAAACACAGACUGCAUACACAACAGCGAAGGGCAUGUCUAAACAGAGGAAGGCGAACAAUAGAACAUUCAACAGUAAUGUCGCGGACCAGUCGUCACGCAUACCUCUUAAACGGAGGGUGCUGGACAUUCUGAGUAAGGAUACCCCUCCCGAGCUGAAGAAACAAAACAAGAUGCGAGCAUUGGAGCUGAUGAUUAGCGCUCCCCUAGAAAAUGAAGAGGCCCGUCUUCUGAGACUGAGGGUUUUAAUGAACCAGCGACGCUAUCCCGACAAUGAGGUGGUCCCGAAUGAUAAACUGCAAAUUCAGAGGCCAGUUCAUUCACUCAGGACACAGGAGAAAGACAUAGCAGCCACAGGCUUCCAGCGCUUCCUCAAUGUCCUCAAUGAAGGGGUGGACCUCAACAAGCUCUCAAAGAUCGUCAACAACAAAAAUGGGUUACUCAUUGUGGGCGAGGAGCUACCACAAGUUUGGCCGACUCUGCCCGAGGGUCAUGUUGACUCCAGCAGUAGAUCCAAGUCUUCUCUAGUUGAGGAGAAGACGAAGGUGAGGCUUGAGGAUGAGCAGCGGCACGAGCAGAUGCAGACCCUGCUGGAGAUCGUUGGGCUGGACUUGGGGGUUGAGGAGUUGGGUCAGCUGACAGACAGGACCAAUGACAGGCUGUAUGGGAAGAUGGGAGACUUGAAAAGGAAGGAGUUUGAGAAUGAGAAGGGGAAAAGAGAAAAAGGAAAGCGAGCCUUCAUUUAAACAUCUCAGUACUUCCUCAUUACCAUCAGACAGCGCCAGCCCCCUUCUAAACCAGCACUCAAACAUGACCGUUGAAUACAGCAGCUCUAGUAACAGGGUAUGGGACAUAGAGACAGGGACAGAUCUGAGAGGGACUGCCACCGAAACUCUGGGCAAGGACAGAGGGAGGGAGGAGGAUAUAGUCAGAUAAAUGGACACAUCUGAAAGAGAUGGAGAGGGAGAUAGUCACAGACACUCUAGUACCAGAGAUCGGGACAGAGAGGGAGACGAGGACAGAGUCAGAAAAGGGGACAUUCCUGCGAGAGAGAGAUACGGGCAAAGAUGCUCUCGUACCAGAGAGAAGGACCGAGUCAGAGAAAGGGACAGAUCUGAGAAAAACUGAAAGGGAGACGGGCACAGAUACUCCAGUACCAGUGAGAGACAAGGACAUACCGGUAGUCAGAGAAACUAACAGAUCAGAAAGGAACAGAGAUAAAGACCGGGACAAAGACCCAGAGAAAGACUGGGACGGAGGCCAAGAGGGAGACCGGGACAGAUCUGAGAGACACCGGGACAGACUGUGACGGAGGCCGAGAGGGAGACCGGGACAAAGACCCAGAGAAAGACUGGGACGGAGGCCAAGAGGGAGACCGGGACAGAUCUGAGAGACACCGGGACAGAGACCCAGAGAAAGACUGUGACGGAGGCCGAGAGAGAGACCGGGGCAGAUCUGAGAAAGACAGAAACCGAGAGAUAGACAAGGACAUAGACAGGUGGCUGCAAAGGACCAGAGACAAACGUUCUGGGACCAGAAACUGGGACACCGACAGCAACUGUCACACUAUUACUAGAGACUGGGACAUAGAGAGAUCUGAGAGGAUUAGGCAUGGGGAUGAGUCUAUAGACGGCUCCAUUGAGCUCUACUCAUACUCCAUGGACCCUAUAUACCCUGUUUGCCAUCAUAGAUGCAUGAGGAGGAUGAGAAUCUACUGCCCCACCCAGUACUCUCCGUAUAUGGCAUACCACAGCAGCCCCUACACCAUUGCCUUCCCUCCAGGGAGGGGUUAUCCCCCUGGUACCAUGCCCCCCUGAUACCACGCUUCCUGGUAUUAUGUCCCCUGGUACCAUGCUUCCUGGAAUCAUGCCCGCUGUUGCCAUGCUGCCUGGUAACAAGCCCCUCCUACCUAACCCCCCCCCCCCCCCAUAUUACUCUAAUGGAACCACAGCCUUAAACCAGACAUAUGCAUACACCGAGCCUGCUAGCAACCUCCAGCUCACAUCUACCCAGCCUGCUAGCAACCUCCAGCUCUCAUCUACCCAGCCUGCUAGCAACCUCCUGCUCUCAUCUGCCCAGCCUGCUAGCUACCUCCAGCUCUCAUCUACCCAGCCUGUUAGUAACCUCCAGCUCACAUCUACCCAGCCUGCUAGCAUACUCCAGCUCACAUCUACCCAGCCUGCUACUAGCAACAUUCAGCUCACAUCUACCCAGCCUGCUAGCAACCUCCAGCUCUCAUCUACCCAGCCUGCUAGCAACCUCCAGCUCACAUCUACCCAGCCUGCUAGUAACCUCCAGCUCACAUCUACCCAGCCUGCUAGCAUACUCCAGCUCACAUAUACCCAGCCUGCUACUAGCAACAUUCAGCUCACAUCUACCCAGCCUGCUAGCAACCUCCAGCUCUCAUCUACCCAGCCUGCUAGCAACCUCCAGCUCGCAUCUACCCAGCCUGCUAGCAACCUCCAGCUCACAUCUACCCAGCCUGCAAGUAACCUCCAGCUCACAUCUACCCAGCCUGCUAGUAACCUCCAGCUCACAUCUACCCAGCCUGCUACUAGCAACAUUCAGCUCACAUCUACCCAGCCUGCUACUAGCAACAUUCAGCUCACAUCUACCCAGCCUGCUAGUAACCUCCAGCUCACAUCUACCCAGCCUGCUAGCAACCUCCAGCUCACAUCUUCCCAGCCUGCUACUAGCAACCAGCCUGCUACUAGCAACAUUCAGCUCACAUCUACCCAGCCUGCUAGUAACCUCCAGCUCACAUCUACCCAGCCUGCUAGUAACCUCCAGCUCACAUCUACCCAGCCUGCUAGCAACCUCCAGCUCACAUCUACCCAGCCUGCUAGCAACCUCCAGCUCACAUCUUCCCAGCCUGCCAGCACUCCAGCGGUCUUAAGUCAGAGAUGCACAUACAUCCAACCUGCUAGCAACCACCAUCUCACAUACACCCAGCCAGCUAGCAACCACAAGGAAAAGAGACAAGCAUGCAGAAGCCGUAGUGAAAGUGUCCUGUCAGAUGGUGACAAAGAAGUCCCCCGCGGUAUUGACCACUCGGAUAGCGACAAAGGAGUCCCCCUCUGAAACAGGGCCUAAGAAAGAACUAGAAGGCGAGGAACCACAUGCUGACGCUGCAGAGAAAGUGGCUCCUCAGGUGACUGCAAUGGACUCUGCGGUCCCCUCUGAAUAAAAUCUGCUAAAAAUGUUGUAUCCAGGUGUCUUCAUGAGGAUUCUAAUCGGAUGUCUAAAGAGGCAUCAGUACAAGAUGAAAGGGAAGGGGAAGCAUCUUGCAAAGAGGAGGAAAAAGGCUUGCCAGUACAAAGGGAAGACGCCACUUGUACACACUAAGGAGAAAGUGCCUCUAGAGGCUGCAAAGGACUCAGGGGACCCCUCUGAGCCAAAGCCCAAGAAAAAUAAAAAAUAAACACUAGAGGAAAAAGGAGAGAUAUUCAUAACGGUACACAGAACCUAUUUGACAAGGGGGAAACUGUCAAAGGCAAAAGCAGAUGCUAAAGGCACUGAGGCCAAUUCUGAACCAGCACCCAAGAUGGAAGGGGAGGGAGGAAUGACAGAAGGGAAGGAACUGCUUGCAGACACAAUAGAGAAAGUAGUUCCUCAGUUGAUUACAAAUGACUCUUGGCUUCCCUCUGAACCAGGGCCCAACAAAAAAACAGAAAGAGGAAACUGUUUGCAGAUCAUAUGGAGAAAGUGUCUGCAAAGAGCCCUCAGGCCCUCUUGGAACCAAAGGCCGAGAAGGAGAGGACGACGCAAUUAAAGAUGGCGAGAAACUGCUAGCAGACCUUGUGGAGAAUGUGGCUAUAAUGGGCCCUGGCUUUCUCUCUGAACCAGAGGCUGAGAAAGAGACGAGGGGAGAAACAACAAGUUCUCCCUUGGUUAUCUGAAAUACCCAUGUUUUCACUAAGAUGAGGUUCUGUUGACCUUUUAUCUACCUAUGACUUGGCGUUCACCAUUCAACCACAUUUUGUCCUUGUUAUGGCAAAGCCUUUUAAUGACAUUGAAUUUCUUAAAUGUUCCUCAACUUGAAGAGUUCAAGCUGAAGAUAGGCGCGCCUAACGCAGCCUCAAAGGAUGGCUAGCUGUUAUCUUCACUGGGCGUCAUGAGCUCAUCUCCCACUAGAAUAGAACCUGCUGCUGACCCAUCCAGACCCUAUGGACAUCAGUUGGCUUACGUUGUUACCUAUCAACCAUUUUAUAGAUUUGUAAUGACACUAACAAAGGAUUUGUUAAAGUUGAGCCUUGUCCUUAAAUGCUUCACAUUGAAGUUAUUUUCAGUGUAAUUUAUUGGUAUUGUGUGUAUGUGGUAGGACCUAGGCCGCUCAUAUAUGCUAAGUACCUUUAGCGUCUACUGACGAUAGUAUCUUCUGGCCGGGGGAGUUUUAUUAAGACCCCAGACACUUGCACUAAAUGUUAACAUGCAUCAUUUCACACAUCGUUUGCGGUACGAUUUUGGAAACAUAAGGAACUAUCUUACACAUCAGUGGAGAGAAACAAACGCCCGUUUAUUGGGUUAGGGUUCCCCCACGGCCAUAUUUCCAUGUUCCAGUGCUGGUUUACGGAAAACGUACAGAGACAGUUGACUACCUGUGCUAAUUAGCGAUCUGCGUCUCCAAAAACCUGUGUAGAAACGGAAGAUGGACACCACAAACUCAUCCCCGAAAAAUACUGUCGGCUGCAACUGUUAAAACCGGUUUUAUAAACUGGGUGGUUUGAGGCCUGAUUUCUGAUUGGCUGAAAGCCAUGGUAUAUCAGACCGUAUACCACAGGUAUGACUAAACAUUUAGUUUUACGGCUCUAAUUACGUUGGUAACCAGUUUAUAAUAGCAAUAAGGCUCCUCUGGGGUUUGGGAUUAGGACCAAUACCACUGCCAAGGGCUGUGUCCAGGCACUCUGUGUUGCGUCAUACAUAAGAAAAGACCUUAGCCGUGGUAUAUUGACCAUAUACCACUCUUCCUCUGGCCUUAUUGCUUUUAUAACACUGGAGUAAAUUUAUAUUUUGCAUAUGAAAGUAGAUGGCUUUAUGUUUCUAGAACCGUACCUCAAUUUAGAUGGAGUAUUUGGCUGCCAGAGACAAUUUGCCUGUUUAUAAACCAAAUAAGGGCGUGGAGUUUACUUGGUCUGGUCAUGUGGUCAGGAAACACUCCUGGCCCUGGACAUAGUACAUGUGUAUCAAUGCGAUGAAAAGACUAGCGGCGGAAUUAUGUUUGUAAGUUGUCAUGCCUGAUAGCUAAAAUAACUGCCAUUGUUUCAUUCCCCAGUUCAGUCAGCCCACCGAUUUCUAUAGAUCAUCUUUCACUUUGUAAAUAUGUAAUUGAAUAAAAUAUUCUGUCUAAUAUUGUAA